AUGUCGGAUGAUGAGGAGAGUUUGGCAGCAACUAGAUCGAGACGUGCCAACGCUGGGUCUCGAUUGAAGCAGUUGAUUGCGUUGGAAGAACAAUCUUCUGAUCAUUUAAAUCAAUUCGUAACUGAAGAUGAUGAAAAUGUUAAUUUAUUAUUCCAAGAAGAUGAAAAUGAUGAUGAAUUCAUAGAUGAAGACAUAGAUAAUGAAAAUUUAGAAGGGAUAGAUGAAGAAGAUGAUGAAGAAGGAGGGGAUGAAUCAACAUCCCAUAAAAGAACUCGAGAAGAAGUUGAUGAAGAAGAUGAUGACGAUCAAGAUGAAACUAAUGUGAAUUCGGAUGAUGUGUUGUCUGAUUCAGAUCUUUCCAUGUCUGAUUCAGAUGAAAGUGAAGGAGAGAAAGAACUUCAAAAACAAGAAAGGUUAAAGAAAAGAAGAACCAAAACAGUCAUACCGACGAUUAAAAAGGCAUCAUCACUCCAACCCAAACCCAAAAAGAUUAAGAAAACCAAUCUAAUAACUUCAGAUUCACUUUUAUUAUCCCAACGAAGAUCAUCAUCAAGAUCAGCAGCUAUAGAGAACAAACAAGCUUUGGUAGAAAAGUUAAAACAAAGUGAAGAAAGACGAUCAAAAUUAGCUCCAGUGGUGAGGGUUCAGCAGGUGGAGUUAACUCAAGAAGAAAAGCUUGCUGAAGCAGUUGAAACAGAAAGAGCAAAUGUGGAGUCAUUAAUUCGAUUCCAAGAACAAGAGAUUUUCAAAAAAGAAAAACAAAAGAACAUGUUUUUACUGAAACGACUAAAGUUAAGAAAUGUAAUCAGAAUAUUAAGUAAAGAUACCCAUAUUACACCUCUUGAAGAAAUCGAAGAAUUUAGAAGAAUUCAUGAAAUGAGUAAGAAAAAGAAAGUUGGUAGAAGAAAGAAGAAUCAAUCUGAAGAAGUUGAACCUUACAUUAGACUUCCAGGUGAUAUUGAUUUAGAAUUACCACUUGUAAAAGAAGAAAUGGAAAGAGAAAGAAUAGAAAAGGAAAGACUCGAAAAGGAAGCUCAAGAAGAGGCUGAACUUAAAGCUAAAUUGUUAGCAUCAGAAGCACCAACGGAAGGGGAUGAUAUAUCGCUUGGCAAAGUUGAAAAUGGAGACAUCGAUAUCCAAUCAGUCAAAGUUGAAGAAACGAAUGGCGAUGUCCUAGAAACAAAUGGUGUUAUUUCAGUAGAGGAAACACCUGAAGUAGCAGUUGCCGACGAAGAUGGCGUUAUUUUACUGAGUGAAGCUACAGAAGAAACCAAGUCCGAGGAAGGACCUAUUGAAGUUGCUGAAGAUAGUAUUGAAAAUAUCCCCGAAGAAGAUAUCAAGAAAGAGGAACAAAAGGUUCAAGAAGAUGAAAUUGCGGUGGAGGUUGAAGAGUUGAUAUCUGAUGGUGAUGAAAUAGAAAAUGAAAUUGGACAUACGUCUGAUGCAGAAAUCGAGGCAGAAAUUAAAGACGUAUCUGAAACUAACGGCGAGGUUGUCAAAACUGAACCAGAAGAAACAAAUACUUCACUUAUAACAGAUGACAAAGAGGCUAGUAUUACUACAGGUGAGAAGAAAGUCAAAUUUCUUGAUGAAAUUGACCAAGAUAACGAUGAUGAGUUGAAAGAAGAAACUCCAGCUACUGACAAUGAAACCACCAUAAUAGAAGAAAAUCAAGAAAAUAAAGAAAUAUUUGAAGGUCCACCACAGAGGAUAUCGAGAAAUACCAUCUUUCUCCUUGAUUUCGAUGAAGACAAUAAAGACUUCAAAUUAAGUAACAGUAGUAACGUCAAAACGAUUCUUUUUGGAGCACAAUCAUUAUUACCUGCAUCUAGAAGAUUCAAAGAUAUCAAGACCAUUAUCAAAAUCGGAGGUAAAACAAAUCCAUAUGAGAGUAAUGGUUUAAAGAGUGAAGAUUCAUUAUUCGAAUCUACUCCAACUCUAACUGCUGAUGACCCUAUGUUUGAAGAAUUAAAGAGAUUACCAAGAUUAGGUGUUAAACAAGAUUUAUUCGAAGAAGUUGAGGAUAUAGUGGAAACAGAAUCAACUGCUAUCAUAAUCAAAACCGAAGCUCCUACAGGGUUAUACUUACCUAAUGGUAAUAAGAAGAAUUGUUUAAUCUCGGGAACUGAAGUUAAAUAUUUCGAUCCAUCAACUGGUAUUCCAUAUAGUUCAGUUGAAGCUUAUAGAAUCUUGAAAUUGAUCGAACAAGGUCAAAUCCCAUGGUACAGUCUCACUGAUGACAAUAAUGAUACUGGUCCAGUUGAGAUUUAUUUGGGUUCAAGAGAUGGAUCCGUCAAACACGCUAAGGGUGUUCCUGAAGGAUUUGAAGGUUAG